AUGUCCACUUGCACCAAUAUCCAUUCCAAUAAUUCCGCCUCUCCUGUCUAUUACACCCUCCUCAGAGGUGAUAACCCGGGAGUGUAUUCCUCUCCAAUCUUUAUCAAGCCUGGAAAAUAUCACGACCUCGAUGAGGUUGCAUGGCCAAUCUGUAUUCAUUGCGGCACUAAUGAGAGAAAGGCAAUCCAGAUGCUUGGGCUCCAUUCGAUCCUCGAUGUAUUAGGUUUCAACACCCCAAUAGAUAGGAUGGCUAGGGAUAUCUGGAAUCAUCAGGCUAUCUCAGAGUAUAUUUCUGAGAACCCAGAAUUAUCUGGGCCUUAUUUUGCCGUUGUAUGGGCGGGGAAAAACAAAAGUGCGAUGAUCUAUAGCAAUGAGAGUGAUUACGACGCUGUUCUUGCCGGACUCGUAGGCCCAAGGCUUGUCAAACAUACCGUCAAUUUACAGCAGGCCUUGGUCUAUAUGCUCUUACGCUCGCAAGUGGAAGGGUUUCAAUUCACCCCCAUUCACACCAUUCCUAGCACACCGACCCGAAGGCUCAGUAACUCUCUAUCGAGGGAAGGGAUUUCUACCGGUAGCCUUGGUCGAGCCGGUAGCUCAAGUGGAAGCUUUAACGGGCAAACACAAAGCACGUCACCUACACGAACAUCUUCGUCUACCCAAGCCAUCACUUACGGUGAUGAAGACAUGCCUCCUCCUGUAUAUACGCCAUUACCGUGGCUGCCCCAUUCUAACGUCGACUCAACACGUUCGGUGGCACCAGCGAGAUCAGCUCUUUUAUCUCUCAAUCGAUCCCGAAGCGGCGUUGACAGCAUUUCUAGCACAUUUUCAAGCAUUGGUCAAGCCCCCCCAGACACUCCUUUAAGCCCGCAGUCUUCUCCAUCCCCUGUGGCUCGAGGUGAGGCACAGACCAACAGACCCAUAUACGCGCAUAUCAGAAGCAUCGACGGGAUAGUUGGAACCCUUUAUGAAAAUAUACAGUCGGACUCGGAUGCUAGUCCAUCGUACCGCACUCAUGCCGUGAGUGCAGCUGCGACAGAAUUUUUCGAUGCCUUUGGCUACAACACGCUUGCUCGAACCACCAUUGCUCGCUUAUAUCGUGAACAUUUGACGUGCGAUGGGUUUUCAAAGGCACUCGCCUCCCUUUCCCGCAAGAUCAGCUAUAAGGAGGCCAGCUCAUCCGUAAACCAGGCCUUCAAGGUCCUCCGCCCAUCUGAAGCUGCAGCUCUGAUCAAGGCCUCACAAAGUUCCGCAACAGGCGAACUUUGUAAACACGGGAUCUGGAUGUUGGUGGGAGGUGAUCAUGAAUGGGAUGAGGUUCCGCUAUUGUUGGUGACGACAAGGCUUUCAAAAGUGUUGAAGAAGGUGAAGGUGAAGAAGACUUCGACGAGGACAACCUCGUAUCGGGAGCCGUCGGGAGUCGGCCCCCGGGACUGGCAAAUGAGACAAGCAGCAAGGAGAAGGGGGGAAGCCAGUGAUCAGCGGACCAGUAGCACACUAGUGUUCCUGGAUGUCGCGGACGGAUCCGGAGACAAGGGAGGGAGACAGGGUUGCUGGCCGUCUGGGGAAUGGCCAGUGGGAUGGAGAUCCACGCUGGUUCAUGAUCAAAAUGAUCGGCGGCGGCGGCCCCAGGGCAUGAGGAGAGCCGGAGGGGGCGGCGGGGAGGCGGAAAGAUCAGCUGUUGAUGAUCGUCGAGAGGUAGCAGCGGCGGCGAGAGACGAGACCAGCAGCCUUGGGUCGAUCGCCACGAAAGGUAAGGGAUUCGGAUCUGGAGGCGGUGACGACGACGACUACGAUCAAACGAUCUACAUUGCUGUUGAGGGAGGCUGCAGCAAAGACAGCAGACAACAUGACCAGCAGCUCAUGACCAUGACGCUGCUGACCGUCUGA